AUGUGAGGCCCUUUUACCCUGCGUUGUGGGUAAAAAGGCUCCCUUGCCAUCUUUUUGUAAGAAAAUGAAUUUUAAUCAAAACAGCCUUCCAUUUUUAUUUCUUUUUACAAAAUUUUUAUAAUGUUGCAUAACUUCAAUAAUUCAAUACAAAUAAAUGUGUAUACUUUCAAACCAGAAAAAAAGCAAAUUUUCCUUUAAGAUGUGCCUUUAGGCCUGUUGUACCCUAAUAUAUAUUAUGCAAUCUAAUAUGUUAAUUACAUUACAUCACAGUUUGUCACUGGAGACUAAUACCAAAUUAAGAUAACUUAUAUUGUAGUAUUUAUAACUCUUAAUUUUUAUUUUUUACUGUCAAUUGUAUUUUUGCAGAUUAAAAUUUUUCAUACAAGGUGACAUGUUGCAUUAUCAUCUUACACCACCAGAGGGAGCUAAGCAGUAAACUCAAGUACCACUGUGAUGCUGAGGGUGAGUCAGUGAUUCACUGGGCGGGUCUUCUAUCAGAAGGCGAGGAUGCUUGAGGAUGCGAUGCAUUUAUCAGGAAAUUUGCCAUUUAUUUACUAAUAUUUACUAAUAUAAAGGCGUCAUAUUGCUCAACAAACAUCGCUUUACCUACGCUUUCGCGGGCUUCACCCAAAAUCUCUCCGAGGGUGACAAAAGGAAACUGGAAAUAUUUGUCUUUGUCUGCCAAAACCUAAUUCGCUGACGGCGGUGCACAGCAACACAACCGGUUAAUGUCGUUUAACCGUAAAUAUAAGGAAACAACAGGCCUAUAAUUGUUUCUUUGUCAUAUUUGAAGCAAAGGAAUAAAAAAUACAAAGAAACGCCAGAACUGUUGUUGUGUGCUCAAUAAAAUAAUCCUCACAAGGACACUGCAGCACCUGUUUCUUUAAGAAACAGCUGGUAGAUGUUUUUAUCCAUUGUCUUUUACCUCAGCAAGAUCUGCCGUUAUUUCUCCAUGUUUAGCUCAGAAAGACUCUCGGUUCCUGAAUAUGUCAGUCGGUUGCACCCCCGGAGGACGGUCUCUGACCCUAAGGCCGUCUCUCCAGGCAUCAGCACCGACGUCCAGAUCGUGUUGGACGGCUCUCUCCCUGCGCUGCGCUCCGCAAUCAAAACACUAAAGUCUUCUAAAGAUACUGGAGAUCUGGAUGAGACCCGCCGGGCCAUUGCCGAAACUUUCCAGCUGGUUGAAGAGGCUUGGGUGCUUCCCACGGUGGGCCGACAGGUCGCAGAGGAGAUCUGCAUCAGAAUCCGGUUGGAUGGAGGUCUAGAGUUACUCUUGCAGUUGCUUCAGACACCUGCUGUAGAAAUUACCUAUGAGUCUGCCAAGCUCCUUGAGCAGAUUUUGGUCUCAGAAAACAGGGACUAUGUGGCACGCAUGGGACUCGGUGUCAUACUGAACCUCACCCGUGAGCAGGAGGAUGCCCAGCUGGCACGAAGCGUGUCGGGUAUCCUCGAGCACAUGUUUAAACACACAGAGGAGACAUCUGCCCAGCUCAUCACUCACGGAGCACUGGAUGCUCUGCUGUAUUGGUGCCGUGGAACAGACCCAACUGUACUACGCCACUGCGCUGUGGCACUGGCUAACUGCGCUAUGUAUGGUGGGCAUCAGUGUCAAAGGCUGAUGAUCGAAAAACAGGCGGCCGAUUGGCUGUUCCCUCUGGCUUUCUCCAAAGAGGACGAACUGAUCCGUUUCUAUGCCUGUCUGGCUGUGGCUGUGCUGGCAGCUAACAGGGAGAUUGAGAAAGAGGUGGUGAAGUCUGGCACGCUGGAGCUGGUGGAGCCCUUCAUCGCCUCGUUAGACCCUGAUGAGUUUGCACGCAACCUUUUGGAUAGCGCAGACAGUAUGCAGGGCCGCACAGCUGCAGAUCUGCAACACUUGCUGCCUCUGCUGGAUGGCACACGGCUCGAGGGGAAAUGCAUUGCAGCAUUCUACCUGUGCGUGGAGACUAGUAUAAAAUCCCGUCAACGUAAUACCAAGAUAUUUCAGGAGAUUGGGGCUGUUCAGAGUCUUAAGAGAAUUGUCAUGUACUCCAGUAAUGGCACAGUUUGCUCUCUGGCUAAGCGGGCCCUCACGAUGAUGGGCGAGGAUGUCCCGCGUCGUAUCCUUUCAUCUGUACCCAACUGGAAGAGUGGAGAGGUACAGACCUGGCUGCAGCAGAUUGGCUUCAGUGCAUUCAGUGAUCAGUUUCAGGAGCUGCAGGUGGAUGGAGAUCUACUGCUUACUAUUACAGAACAAGAUCUGAUCCAUGAUCUGGGCAUGAAUUCUGGGCUCACUCGCAAGAGGUUUCUAAGAGACCUGCGUGUACUGAAGACCUACGCCAACUACUCCACAUGUGACCCUAAUAACUUGGCAGACUUACUGGCGGACAUAGACCCACGAUUCCUUCAGUACACCUAUGGCCUGGUUCAGUCAGGUGUUGAUCGGAAAAAUAUCGCCCAUAUUACAGACCAACAGCUGCAGUUGGACUGCCACAUAGAGAAUGGCAUCCAUCGUGCCAAGAUUCUCUCUGCCACCUGCCAUCCUGCUAAACCCUGCUUAACUGACUCCCAGCCUGCUGGUCCUGAUGUAUUCAUCAGCUACCGUCGCACCACUGGGUCACAGCUUGCCAGCCUGCUAAAGGUGCAUCUACAAUUACGUGGUUUCAGUGUCUUCAUCGAUGUGGAGAAGCUAGAGGCUGGCAGGUUUGAAGAGAAGCUGAUCACGAGCGUGCAGCGUGCACGCAACUUCAUCUUAGUGCUUUCAGCCAAUGCACUGGACAAAUGCAUGGGGGAUGUUGCCAUGAAGGACUGGGUACAUAAGGAGAUUGUCACUGCUUUAAAUGGAAAGAAGAACAUCAUCCCUGUCACUGAUAACUUCAUUUGGCCCGAUCCGGCCUCUCUGCCUGAGGAUAUGAGCACCAUUCUCAAAUUUAAUGGCAUUAAGUGGUCCCAUGAGUAUCAGGAAGCCACUAUUGAAAAGAUUCUGCGUUUCCUUCAAGGAUGCCCCAGCCUAGAGAACCCAGAAAAAACAGCAAAAACAGACAAAAAAGAUCCACAUAAGAAAUAAGACAUCUGUCCAUUUAUAAAACCUUAUAUCAUAAUGCAUGAUAUGUAUAGGCCUUCCAAAUAAUGACCACCAUGUAAACAAGAACACUCCUGUUUACCACUCAGAGGCCAGUAUUUCCUUUGCCAGUAUGCAUGUAGCUGGAGAAAAAAAAUAAGCGUAACAUGUCUGAAGACACAAGUGGCUUUUCCAUCAUAUAUUCCAGAAUAUUCCUGGUUAUUUACAACUCAGUGUAGCCAUACAUAGACAUUAAAUUGUAAAUAACCUGAAAUAUUCACGGCUCCAUCCACUGGACCGGGUCUGGUGUUCCCUUUUUAAUGAGAUCAGUCAGCAGGCUGGUGACAUCCGAAUAUUUAGGUACAAACCUACGGUAAUAGCCAGUCAACCCCAGGAAUUGUCUCACCUCCUUUUUGGUCUUGGGUCUCGGACAAGGCGCAAUAGUUGCUGUUUUAUCAAUUUGGGGAUGCAUUUGUCCAUGACCCAAGUGGAAACCCAGAUACCGUACUUUCACCCAUUCAAUUGCACACAUCCUCGGAUUUGUUGUGAGUCCCACCCGUCUCAGUGAUCUCAGGACGGCCCUCAGAUGCUGGAUAUGCCACUGCCAAUCAUUGCUAUAAAUAAUAUCAUCCAGGUAGGCAGCUGCAUAUGCAGCGUGUGGGCGGAGAAUUUUGUCCAUGAGUCGUUGAAACGUAGCCGGGGCCCCAAACAAACUGAACGGAAGGGUAAUGAAUUGGUGUAAGCCAAACGGAGUGGAAAAUGUAGUUUUUUCUCGGGAAGGGGAUCUGCCAAUAACCCUUCGUUAAAUCCAGUGUCGAAUAAAAGUGAGCCGCACCUAACCGAUCGAGCAGUUCGUCAAUGCGAGGCAUUAGGAAGGCAUCAAAUUUAGACAUCGUGUUAACUCUUCUAUAAUCCACAAAAAACUGGACUGACCCGUCGGACUUCGGUACCAAAACCACUGGGCUGGCGCAGUCACUGUGGGACUCCUCGAUCACACCUAUAUCAAGCUUGGCCGUGAGUUCUUCCCAGACCACUUUUUUCUUGUGCGGACCACCACUCCUGGAGUCCUCUCAAUGUGAUGUUCUAUGACAUUCGUACGACCGGGUAGAGCUGAAAACACGUUCUCAAAACUCCUAUGGCAACCUGGCAACCUUACUGAUUUGGGACAGUGAGAGGUGGCCUCCACAGGUAACUGGGGUGGUUUGAUGGGCAAUUUUUGAUUCAACCUCCGGACCUAUCUCCGCCCUCUCUGAUACGACCGUAGCAAAAGCCACGGGUACCACCUCUCUCCGGGGUUUUAGGAGAUUCAGGUGGUAAAUUUGCCGUGCUCCACCUCUAUCCAUUCAUUUUACCUCAUAGUCGACUUCCCCAACUCGCCGUGUGACCUCAAAAGGCCCUUGCCACUUGGCUAAUAAUUUAGAACUUGAUGUGGGUAAUAACAUGAGGUCCUUAUCUCCCUGUGAGAAUUCCCAUAGCAGAGUGCCCCUAUUAUACAGCCGGGACUGCUGUUCCUGGGCCUGAAGCAAACUCUCCUGUGUUAGUUGCCCCAAUGUUUGGAGUUUUGCUCUCAGGUCCAGAACGUAUCGAAUUUCAUUCUUACUCUCUGAAGGUCCCUCCUCCUAAUUUAUCCUCAGAACAUCUAGGAUGCCCCGAGGCUUGCAGCCAUAAAAUAAUUCAAAGGGGGAAAACCCCGUGGAGGCCUGUGGGACCUCUCGUACUGCAAAUAACAGGGGUUCUAGCCACUUAUCCCAAAUUUCGAAAAUCUUCAUGUACGAACUUACGAACCAUAUUUUUAAGGGUCAAAUUAAAUUGCUCGACCAGGCCAUCUGUCUGAGGAUGGUAAACACUGGUGCGGAUCGACUUAAUCCCCAGUAGUUCAUAAAGUUCAUGGAGUGUACGUGACAUAAACAAGGUGCCCUGAUCAGUUAGAAUCUCUUUCGGGAUCCCAACUCAGGAGAUAAUUUUAAAGAGUGCCUCCGCAACACUGCAUGCUGAAAUGUUGUGCAAAGGCACUGCUUCAGGAUAUCGCAUUGCAUAAUCCACCAAGACUAAUACAAAGAGAUGUCCUCAUGCCGUCCUUUCUAAUGGGAGUGGCCGGUGGAUUCACCAACUGACAUUCGCGACAUGCAGCACACCACCUGUGUACAUCCCCGCGAAUGCGCGGCCAAUAUAAAUGGGCCAUGAGACGGUACAGUGUCUUAUCUUGCCCAAAAUGUCCCACCAUCGGAUAUUAUGAGCCGCCUGGUAAACUAUUUAAAGGCUUUUCGGAACUAACAACUGUGUUGUAUUUUCUUUUGUUUGGCCGUCCUGCGUCACCCGAUACAACCGGUCUUUAAUAAUUGAAAAGUAGGGGUAGGAGAGCGCAGUGCCAGGUUCAAGCUGUUGAACAUCAGUUACUCUCACUUGGUCAAAGUCGUGCCUGAGAGACUCGUCUCUUGUCUGCUCCAGAGGGAAAUCCCCCGGCGGUCGAGGCGGAGCCAUUUCUAUGACUCAGGAAUUUUAAUAGAUGUCUGCAUUAUCAAUAGUAUUAAUGAUAAGCAUAGUUGCUCUCUAAUAUUUAUAUACAAGACAAAAUAAGAUAAUCUUUGCUUUUGUUGCAUUAUUGAUUCAACAUUUAUGUACAUUAAUGAAAAAGCCUUAUGAAACAUUGAACAUACAUGAACUUUGACCUUUUUGGAUUUGAUUUGCAGUAAGUAAUAUAGAGGUCUGAAUAUUGUAGUGAACUGUUGAUCUUACGUGACUGGCUUCAGGUAUGUGCAGUUUAUUACACAGGUUGUUACAAGUAAUUUACUACAUUAUGAGUUAGGUUUGCAUAUUCUACAAGUACUAAGUUUUCACAUCUGCAGAUAUUCCAUUUAUCACACCGGUUCAUGAAACUCAAAUCAAGUGUAAAUCAUUAUGGUCAUAAAUCACCUCAAAACAGUAUUAGAAAAUAUCCCAUUAGAUAGUAUCAUGAUUUCAAAUAUGGCUUUAGGGACUUAGGAUUUGCUAGAAUAAUAUGCAUUAAGUUAAUGGUAUAUUUUCACUGUGAAUAAGGUGUACCCAAAUCACACAAGGUAAGAUCUAAUGAACAUUAACACCUCAAGUUGUGCUCAGCUUUAUCCUGCUUUUGGGCUCCCUACUGUCUUGUGAUGUCUGUCUGGGUCUCUUAAGUAAAAUACAAUGCGUUUAGGAGGUAUAAAUCUGACUUGAUCAAGUGCUUAUGUACAAAAUCUGUAUAAAGACCUUUUUAAAAAAAAAAUAAAAAGCAAUAAAAUGUGUUUUGGAAAAGAUCCCUUUAUUUUCCAAAUUAGAUUCACAAAAAUGUGUGUGUUGCAGUGGAAGAAAAUAUUCUUGUUUAAAAACACUUUUAGACUAAGAGGAAGCAUUAGAUUUUAGUUUCUCUUUUCAUUAGAAUACUGAUAGAAUACAAAGUCUCCACUCACAUCCACAUAAUUCUCACUUACUUGGCAGUUUUAACAUUUCUGAAACAUUUCAUAUGAGGAAGACUUUAAAUUCAACAAUACUGUGACCGACUGUCUCUGGUAUACCAGUGACACAUGUGGGUUAGGCUGUGAUCAAUUUCCCUGAGCUUGCAAUAUGGCUGUCAAGUAAACAGUCUUCACAUAGGAACGUCGACACAGGGAACCAUAUUCCUCUUAAUUGUUCAGUCAAUACUGCUGAUGUUUGAAUCUGAUGAGUUUGACAUGGUAAAAAUCAAUUCAUCACCAUUAUAAUCUAAAAGUGGAUUAAACUGCCCUUCAAAAUAAGGAAAU